UGUGUCUUGUGUGUUGUACAAAAUUAUAUGAAAUUUUUGUACGUAUUUAAGUUUAAUUUUUUUUAUUAAUUUAUAAAAUGAGUAAUAAGUGUAAAAGUUGGGUGUGGCUAUACGCUAAACGUGAAGGCGACAAAGCGUAUUGUGAUUUGUGUAGUGAAAAUGAAAAUAAUGAAUUUUGCUGUAUUGGCGGAACAACAGGUUCUUUGGGUAGACAUUUGAAAACUAUUCAUGGUAUAAAACCACUCACGACUGCAUCACGGAGGGUUACUUCUGGUCAUGAACUGGAUAAUGCCGAUACCUUAACCAGUUCAACUACGACUGCAAGUUCUUCAGAAACACAUAGUUUGGAAAUUGAUAUACCAAUACCUAGGAAACGUCGACGAACUUAUAGGAAUCGGGAGGACGAUCGAAUUUGCAGCUCCGAAAAAACAGAGCAGAUACAUCAAGCAUUAGCAAAAAUGAUAGCCGUGAAUCAAAUGCCGCUAUCUUUUUGUUCAAGUGAAGGUUUUAAACAGUUUAUGACAGUUGUCGAACCUAACUACAAAAUAUGCAAGGAAGGAGCAAUAAAAUCAAGAUUGAAAGCAUUAAAAUCAUCGGUAAAAGAUAUAAUACAAAAAAACUUGAAGGAUUCUAUAAGUAUAGCAUGUACAUCUGACUGUUGGUCAUCGUUAUCUCAACAAAGCUAUAUAACAGUUAGUGCUCAUAUAAUUGAUGAUCAAUGGUGCCCAAAGUCGUAUACACUUACAACACAUGAAAUGGAGGAAUCUCAUAGUGCUGCAAACCUUGCUCACCAAUUAAAGGAUACAUUUGAUAAAUGGGAAAUUGAAAGUAAAAUUAUGGCUGUUGUCACGGAUAAUGCAAGAAAUAUAAUAAAUGCUGUAAAUACAUUAACAAAUAUAUCCGAGACAUAUGAUUUAACGUGUGCUGCUCAUAGUAUUCAACUUGCGGUUAAUAAUGGAUUAAAACAAGAUGGUAUUGAUACACUGAUCCAAUUAAGUAGUAAAAUGGUAGGUCAUUUUAAACAUUCUAAUUUGGCUAAACAUGCUUUAAUAAAAAUGCAAGAGCAGCUAGGAUUAAACCAACUAAGUCUCAUACAAAGUUGUAAAACAAGAUGGGAUUCUGUUUAUAUGAUGUUAGAUCGUCUUUAUACAAAUAGAUGCGCUGUAACAAAUGUUUUAGCUGACCGUAAUAUAACUAAUGUUGCAAUUGCAAAAAAGUUGGAAAUUUCCGAAAGUGACUGGACAAAAAUGGAAACUGUAGUAGCUUUGUUAAAACCAUUACAAGUUGUAACAACAAUUUUUUGUGGCGAAACACAUUCCCCAGUAUCAAUGGUUAGACCUCUUAUUUCAAAAGUGAUUGAAAAACACUUGAAAAUUAAUGAAUAUGAUAGUGAAGUUAUUAUCAGUUUUAAACAGACAGUAGUGUCACAACUUAAAGAACGUUUUAAGCUUAAUAAUUUAACAAACAUCAUAUCUUCAAGACAAAUAGCAUCAUUUUUAGACCCAAGAUAUAAAGAUUUGGAACAUGAGGAAAUCGAAAUAAGAGAAAAUAUCCGUUCUAAAGUACAAAAUGUUCUGGUUGAAAUGAAUACUUCGGAAAAUAGAGUGGAUAUUGAAGUUCGUAUUCAAAAAAAGAAAGGAGCACUUGAAUUUUUAUACGGCGAUGAAGUUCAUGAUAUCAACGAUACAUCGACGCAAUUUCAAUGCUACCUGGCAGAACCACAAUUGAGGUACGAUUUUGAUCCAUUUGAAUGGUGGAAGUCACACGAAAAAAAAUAUCCUUUGGUAGCAAAGGUAGCAAAGAAAUUUUUGUCAAUACCAGCCACAUCAGUAAGCUCAGAAAGAUGUUUUUCAACUGCCGGGAAUGUGGUUACCCCCAAAAGAAACUGUUUGGCACCAGAAAAUGUCAAUAUGUUAGUAUUUUUAUAUCAAAAUCGUAAAAUUAUGUUAUAAAACUUUCAAUAUAUAAUAGGUAGGUAUUUUUUUUGACAAUUAUCUUGUGAUUUUUUUCUUUAUAAUUAACUCAUUA